UCAUACUCAUGUCACGUGCACCUUCUAUCUAUAUAGCACCUGCAAAGUUACCAGUUCUUCCCAGUCUGACAUCGACACUCCUAGGUUCAUCAUGAAAGUACUUAUUGUCCUGGCUGCCUUUGUUGCCGCUGCUUUUGCAGCUAGCGCCACCACUCCCAGCACUCACGCAGCCCUUGCCACGUUCAAGGCCACCGUCAAAGCUCAAGUUGAAAAACUUUUCAAAACUGCUGACUCUAAUGGGGACGGAUCUUUCGACAAGGCCGACAUGACGCCGAUCUUCGCCGAAUACGAUGCCAACAACGACACGACAGUAACUCAGAAAGAGUUCGUGGAUAAAUUCACCGGAAACCAGGCCAACCUGGCCAUAAUCGCCAAGGGACUCUUCUUGGAACUUGACAUGGACCGAAACGGAGGAAUAACUGACUCUGACCUUGACCUUUACUUCAGGAAGAUUGACCAAAAUGAUGAUGGCACGGUGGAGAAGACCGAAUUCGAAAAAUAUUUCACUGAGCUCUUCACUAUCCUGUACAUCCUCCAAGCGAGACAAGACCAAGCUGCUACAGCAGCAUCAGGUUAAGGAGUGUGACUUUGUAUCUGUACUAUUCAGGGAGAACUAAUAUAGUUUCUGUUAUUUCUU